UUCCUGUCAGAUCUACUGGCAUCUUAUGCUUCUUCUCUGAUCUACUCCCUCCGCUAGCUAGAUACAUCCGUAUCUAGACAAAUCUAAAACAAGUAAUUCGGAACGGAGGGAGUAAAUAGUUCGUAGCCGAUUUCAGUCCUGUUAAGUACUCUGAUUCUAUCGAUUGGGUGGUUUAGCUACCCUUACUGGAAAAUUUCCGCAUCUGUUGACAAGAUCGUGGUUAGAAGAUCAUUCUACUUACCAUUUUCCUUGGAUCAAGCCCGGGUGUUCUAUUCUCCUGCUUCCAGUGAAUAUUGGACCUUUCUGGUUCAACGAGCAUCCCCAAGGAUUGGUCCUUCUUUUGCGUUUGUGUGUGUGGUCGGGGGAUCCGCGGGCUUAGUUCAUCCGACGAAGAUUCUGGACGAGAAAAAACUGUUCUUGUCCUUGGUUGUCUCCAUCCAUUUCUUUUAUUAAAGGCCAUGAAGGGGUUUCCAUCCACUUUGCUGUAUCGACUACUUUGCAGAUCACUUUGAACACCUAAAAUCUUAAUUCCCUGUUCCUCCUAUUUAGGUUGAUUUUGUGGGGAUUGCCACAAGAGGAAAACGAAGCCCUUGUCCGUAGGAUACUGUGGUGUGUAAUUGCAAAUGGAUCGCCAUUCAACUACUACACAAAGCGACCUGGAGCGCAUGCUAUGUGAUGAAAAGGUAGAACCGAAGGCCCUUCCAUUAUCGCUGCUGGAGGAUAUCACCAACCGAUUUUCUGAGGAGCGGGAAAUUGGCAGAGGUGGGUUUGCAGUGGUCUAUAAGGGAGUGCUUAAGAAUGGUGCGGCAAUUGCUGUGAAGAGACUAUCUAAGACAUAUAUGUGCGAGAAAGAAUUCCACCGAGAGGUUGAAUGUCUGAUAAAGGUGAAUCACAAAAAUGUGGUACGGUUUAUUGGAUAUGGUGUCGACUCACAAGGGAGAGCAGAAAGCUACAAUGGAAAAUUUGUCAUGGCAGAUGUACUACAAAGAUUGCUCUGCUUUGAGUACCUACCUCAUGGAACUCUUGAUAAAUAUAUCACUGAUGCAUCUACUGGACUUGACUGGAGAAAGCGCUACAAAAUAAUCAAUGGGGUUUGCGAGGGUUUACACUACCUGCACCAAAAUCGAAUUCUUCACUUGGAUCUUAAACCUCAAAACAUUUUGUUGGAUGAUAAUAUGUUACCAAAAAUUGCUGAUUUUGGUCUAGCAAGGUGCUUUGAUGAAAAGCAAAGUCGUGCUUUCACAACAAAAAUAUGGGGAACAAUGGGAUAUUUGGCACCAGAAUCCGGCAGCCGUGAAGUCACAUACCGGUUUGACUUAUACAGUCUUGGUGUUAUAAUCAUAGAGAUACUAACCGGAAAGAGGGGGUAUGAAGCUGUUGAGGAUAUACUUCAAAGUUGGAGCAACAGAUUGGAUGAAUCACAAAGAGACAUACAACUGGAGCAAGUACGGGUAUGUUCUGAGAUAGGGAUAGAGUGUAUUGAGUCCAACCCAGCGAAAAGACCGGUUAGUGUGCAACAUAUAAUCGCUCGGCUCCAUGAAACAAGAAGUGUGGACGGUUCUAUCGAAGAUGCCAUGACAAGAUCAUCAAGACCUCAAGUGGAAGCUGAUUCCGAUGAUCCGCAUCGUGGUGCACUUAAGGAAAGCUCUGAGAUAAGCCCCGUCUCUAAGUUGGUGGAUGAGGUGAUGUCGGUGGCUGCUUCUGCAACACCAUCCGACCAACUGUGACAAAUUAGCCCACCCAGAGGACUAGGAGAGACGAACACUGAGCAGCAUUUAUCAUUCACCGGGCCAUCAAGUUUCUUGUUGGAUCGAGCUAUGCCAGGUGGACGCACCAGGCCGGAUGAGCUGCGGCUUGGGUCCAGCAUGGUGAAGCAUUUCACACUGGACACCCUACGCGCGCCGACGGAGGGGUUCGACGACGACCGUCGGGUCGGUGUACCGCGGCACGCUCCGUGACGGGCGCGAGGUGGCGAUAAAACGGGCAAAGUCAUGGAACCGUGACAUCGAGAUGGCCUUCAACUCGGAGUGUAACCGUGAUAUCAAAUGGAACCGUGAUAUCAAAUGGACUAUCACAUAUGGAUAUAUGUAGACGUAUUUUAGGGAGUAGAUUCACUCAUUUUGCUCCGUAUGUAGUUACUUUUUAAAAUAUCUAGAAAGACAGUAUUUAGGAACAGGAACAGAGGGAGUAAUAUAUAGUAGAGUGAAUUCCAAUUUUUA